UGGGGGUGGAUGAUAACACACGUGUGUUGUGUUUUCGACAAAUUGUCCCUCAUAGAAAUGCCCUUUCUCUCUCCGUGGACGGAAAGCUGGGUCUGUGCACCAGCACGGGGUUAUAUAUAAUGACGUUGUUGCGGCAAGCCAAUCAGACGGCACAACGAAGCGUAACAGAAAUUCAGCUGAAAUCUCCGGACUCUCCACCUCAGUUUGAUGUCGGACUGAAGACGGAGAAGCUGGUGAACUCAUUUGCAAAAGAAGAUCAGGAUAAGGUUGGGCUGGACACUACACUGAAACAGACGCUGUUAGACGCAGACUCUGUCAGCUUCCAUUACAAGACAGUGCGAUGGUCUCCAGAGGGUAUGACAGAAGUGGGCGGGUGCCUGCUGGCUCGCCUUACAUCCGCAAACAGGGUCUACAUCUAUAAAGAGGAGGAGAAAGCACGCCCAGAAUGGGAGGAGGUUGUUGACUUAUCUCAGCUGUACAACCAGUGUCUAAUGGAUGGCUGGCCUGUGCUCAACAAGUUUAGUGUCUCCUUCAAAGAUAUAGAGAGCAGAAUCUAUUCAAUGGCUGCCACAGACAUCGCCUGGUCACCUAAAUGGGAUUGUGUACAAGAAGACUCGGACAUUGAGAAGAAUCGGCCAAAAUAUUCCGGGGGUUUGGAACAGGACAGUUUUUCUCUGCUCGCUAUGGCUGUGCGCAGUGGUGAGGUGGUGUUAUGGAAAGUCCUCUGCCAGACUAGAUCCAGUGACGACUGGAGCUUGGUUCUGACCACCUGGGUGAGCGACUCUGAGCCUCAGUGUAUACAGUGGUGUCCACACUCAGACAGACAGACAGGGUUGCUGGCCGUGGGUUGUCACAGUGGGGAGGUGUUUGUGUUGGAGGUGUCCCUGGGGGAGGAGAUUGAGGUGCUACAGAAGAUUAUCCUGUGGGCAGAGAAGGACAGGAUGGCCGUGUCGUGUCUCACAUGGGUGAAAAGGGUGGAUUGUUGUGUAUUGCUCGUCAGUAAGGAGGUCUUUAUCAUGGGAUUUGCUCUCCAAAAGAAGGGAGAUAACUUUGAUUGUAUUUCUGCAACACACACCAGGGGACAUCACGCUAUUAGAGGAACAGCAUUUGCAGUGUCGUCAGGAACAGAUAACUCCUGCGUGUUGAUGUCGUCAGGAGACGGCUAUCUUCAGAGGCUGACGGUUGACCUCAGAUACGGUGACAUCACCAUAGCAACAGAAGUGCUUCAGGUGCCCCUGGAGAAGAAGAAGAAGUGGCUGAUCCAUGGUAUAGACAUCACACGUAAUGCCAUGUCGGUGAUGCUGAUAGCCAGUCCCACGUCCAAAUUUGAUCACCUGGCUUUUCGAGAUCCAUAUCAGGUACAUAUAAUCAACCUUGUGGAUGUGGAUAAGGAAGUGGAGGCUUUGUUACACAGAGUCAUGUCAUCUGAUGAGUCUCUGCAGUCGCUGGCUGACGUAAUGGAGCUGCUACGACAGUACGUAUGUCGUGGGAAAGCCUUCCCAUCAUCCUUCAGCUGGAUGUGGGAGGUGAAGGACAAAUGGCCCUCGUUCUCCAUCAGACAGUUACAGACCAUGAGAUUUUUCUCGCUGACCAGAAAAGCAAUGGCUGCAGCCUCACUGAAUCUGAAAUCAGAAAAGCUGCUGCCGAUCUUGCAGAAGGAGGUGAAGACAUUGACAGAUCUCAUCCUUACCCAGCAUGCACUAGUGGUGCUUAAACAGCUGCAAGGGGAGACAAUCCUGCUCAGAGACGAAGAGAAGCUAAGUUUGAGACUAAUGUGUCAAAAGGUGACGGAAAUGUCGACGGAGUUUGGGUUAACAUCUUCGGCACAAAUUGCUGAUGCAGUGUGGAAGAAGUUUGAUCUGGAGGAUUUCCCUUUCGAACAUUGCUCAAUCUGUGAACUCGAGUUGAAACCAAGGGAGGAUACCCAUGUGACCUGCGAUAACAACCAUAAAUUUGGUCGCUGUUGUGUCACCUUGAUUGCAUGUCAAAAUGUCCCGUAUAGGAAGUGCCAAGUUUGUGACGCUCUGUCAUUACCAAGGCAACGCUUAGAAGACUUUCCCUGGAUCAGUAACUCAAGUCUGCACUCAUGUACUUUAUGUGAAGGAAGAUUAAAGUUGUAGCAUUGGAUCAUCAUGACGUUUGUCAGCAUGUAGCACUCCAGUUAUCAUGAGAUCAAACCUUGUCAAUGUCAUUUCGUUUUUUGUUUUUUUUUGUUUUUCUUUAUUUUCAGUUUUGUAAGUAUUUCCCAAGUUUGCCUAUCUGAAAUCAGCGGGCACACAAUAUUUUACAGGUUUCUAAACACAGUUGUAAAACCUAAUUUUCAAAUGAACAUGAGAGAGCUUUAUGGUUAGUGAUGUAUUUUGGUUUUCUCUGCCUGUGGUUUGUAUGAAGGCUGAAUAUGAUCAAGUUGAAGGUAAAUAAAAAUUGGAUAUUUGUUAAUGAACUGACCAGUGGUGCUUGAAAAAAUGCUGCCUUUUGACAAGCUCAAAAUAUCCAGAUGAUAUGUGUGAUCAUUUCUGAGCAUCCAAAGACACAAAAUGGAAUGAUGGAGACUCAAGCCAAUACAGCAGGCCUCGUUUUGAAUCACAAGGACAGCAGAAAAAAAACUGCCUGUACGGUUUACAUGAAUAUGACAAAAAGCUGACAUUCUGCCAGAUGUAUAUGUUUAUAUACAUUAACAUUUAUAUAAUAUACUGAUGAAUAUUCAUUAGCAAGUAUGACCCUGUUCUAAAUACGUAAGGCUGAAUCAAUGACACCAACAUCUCCCCUCCCCCCAACCCCCAACCCCCUUUAUGAGAUACACAAUUGCAUAAGUUUUUGUGCCAUUUUCAUGCCAUUUCAUUUGCCUACCAUUAGUGAAAGUGCAUAUACAUACAUUUUAAAUGUACAUUAUUCAGUCAGAACUUUUCUUUGCCUCAGAAAUUUUUAUAUGCCAAAGAUAUGUAAUGCUGGGGGCUUCUCCGUGACUGAGGUGGUUUAAUAGCACGCCAGCACGACGUAAUGACUCGGGAGCCUCCCACCAUUGAGGUCUCUGUGUUUAAAUAAACGAACCAAAUGUGUAAUGCUGUGGAACUAUGCUGUUGGACAUGUAAAUAAGUUGAACUAUACCUGUACUUGUCAUCUUUGGUAACAUUUACUGGUUGCUGGUUGUGUUAUCAGUGCUGGUUGGUGCAUCAGCUGGUUGGAGUGCCAGUGCUGGUUGUAGUAUCAGUGCUGGUUGGAGAGUCAAUGCUGUUGGCAGCGCCAUUGUUGGUUGUAGUGUCAGUGAUGAUUUUAAUGUCAAUGCUAGUUGUAGUAGUACCAAUCCUGUGUCUCCAGGAUGUGUAGGUACAUGUAUAUUAUUUCAAUAUUACAUAAUAACAAGUUCGUGGUAUUUGCUUUUCAUUUGGUCCGUCCCCCAUCAGUUUGAGUAUACCUGUUAGGUCAGUGGUGAAUACGUGCAUGAAUGAAUGAUUAUGGCUUUAAGUGACACCAGAUCGGCAGUAUUUCCGCCACAUUUUGGCGAGUGAACACCUGAGGUCGGUACCAUAUUCGAUAGAAUUUCAGGUACACGUGGGGCCUUCAUGGUAUAGUUGUUUAUAAGUCCAGCUUAUACUGGAUUCCAUUCAAGGCAUACUUGGGAAGGUCUCGCAACCACCUGCGGAUGGUCGUCGGUUUCCUUUAGGCUCUGCCUAGUUUCCUCCCACCAUAAUGCUGGCUGCCAUGGUGUAAAUGAAAUGGCCUGAAGUAUGGCCUAAAACACCAGUCAAAGAAAUAAUGAAAUAAAUAAAUCUGAUUUAUCAGCAUUUUAGCCAUGUUAGUGUUUUCUUUGCCUAUAAACGAGUGCAAAAACGCCAAACUAUUUUGGGAUGUAAAACCUCGUGCAAAUUUGUGUUAAAUUUCAUGCUAGAGUUUUCUUUAUUUUUAAGUUCAUCUUCCAUGUUAAAAGACAGAAUAUGAAAACUCUGACCAGCCGAGACACCAGCGGACUUUAAUACUGUAAUUCUGCAACCUUUCCGCAUGUUUGUUAGGUGUUUAUUCAAGCAUAUCUUAAAGGAAUUAUUCUGUUUUGACCGAUAAAAUUAUAUUUUUCGUGAAACCCUGAAAA